AUGACUCUGAGAUCGCCAUUUUCGACCAUUCCCGAAUCCAUUCGUGGCUCGAUUAUUUCAGUUAAGACGCAGAAACACAACUUGAGUGACUUAAUAAUCAUCAAGUGUCGAUUAUUUACACGACAUAAGUGGCAAAAUGACGGGAAAAAGGAGAUCAAAUAUCUACGUGAACAGUGAAUCGUCGUCGGAAGAGAGCAAUGGCCUAGAUUCCGAUAACUUCGACGAGUUUCAAUUAAAAAGCAAUAAACCUACUGUUACGAGUGAAAUAAAGCCAAGAAAACGAGGCCGUGGGCCAUCAAAACGGCCAUGCCAGAACAGAAAUGCGAUGAUGGCACGUAUGAAUCGUCAAAAGAAGAAAGAGUAUUUGGAGAAAAUUGAAAAGAAACUCAGUCAUUAUCGCGAUCAACAUAAGAACUUGAAGAAUAUUAUUGGUAAACAAGAUAUCGAUCUCAAAAGGUUAAAAGCAGAAGUUUCUUACCUCAGGAAUAUAUUAAACAACAACACAGCAAUCACAGCCUUGUUGAAGGCAAUGAACGAGAUCUUGAGGAAUAAGAAAUGUCAAGAGGUCGAUAAUCAAGAGAAUAAAGUGAAUACAUCCGUAACAGGGGUUAAUUGCGAUUCGUCGACUGAAUUCUCAACUUAUGAGGCUACUAAUCACACCAUCAACGAAAUCGACAUGAAACCGCUGUCAUCUUUAGCCGUUGACAGUGUUGAUCUAGGUGUUACAGAUCAGGAAAUCGAACAACUAACCAUGGACAACAAUAUUUUUGACACCAUCAACGACAGUGACGUCAAUGCAGAUCCCAUUGACUUCAUCAGGCCAGAUGAUGGAUCCAUUGACACGGCUAAUCUCUUCGAGAACUUGGACAACAGCGGAGUUUGCGUUCACGUCAACUCCGGACGGAUUUCUUUGGAAUUUUGCUCCGUUUGCCAUCUCAACAGCAUCAACUCCGAUGAUCCAUGACUCUGGACCCAGUCAUCAACAGAACUGAUUACUUUUUAAAAUAUAAUUAAAAAAAAAAAAGGGUU